AUGGUAAGCAGAGAAGAAUUGGGAGAGAGAGCUCAGGACAACACCAAAGCCUAUGUCUGGCAGAGUGUUCUCACAAGGGGAACAGAAGUUCUCAGAUGCCAGUGGGCUGUCAGAAGCCUGAGGACUGAACAAAGAGGCCACAAGAGAAGCGGUUUUGAGGCUGGAGACAAAGAAACAAAUAGGCAAGAGACUUCAGAGCAUGGCAUUGGCAUUCCCUCUAUUUCUAUUAUGCUUAUGCUUCAUGAACUUAUCACAUUACUGCACCAUGCCUGGUGCUGUAAUGUUACUAUUACCAGAAUUGGUACAUCAGGGAGAAUAGGUACUGCCCUGGGGUCUGUUGUAAUAGCAGAUGCGGCCACAGACUCCUUCCUUGAUCCCUGGUUCGAAUAGGUAAUCUUGGACAACAUCACCACCUGAAGUGCUAAACUUGACGAACUGGCCCAAGAGCUCCUCAGCUACAGCAAGGGAAUCCUCUUCCCAGUCCUCAUCAGACAUGUGAUGUGUACCUAGGAUUUUUAUGAAGGUGACAAGAAGCCAGGUCAGCUAGACGGAGCAUUGGGGCCCUUUUCCAGAGAAGAAAAGCUACAUUUCUUGAAGAGAGCAUAUAAAGCCAGAGGGCAAAAUACUGAAAUGGAAUCGGCAGUGUUUGUGGCUGCAUGUAGAUUUUGUGGUCUGAAAGAACAAGUAAUCUCUACAGGAACACUCUGUAACCCAACCAUCUUUUACCAAUGA